AUGGGCGACGCUUCUUCACCGCCACGGACUGCGACAGCAACACCGGAUCGGUUUGCUUCAGUCUUGCCGUCCAUCCCUCUCCGCAUCAUCACCCACAACAUUCGCUAUGCCUCAGAAGAUCCCGAGGAUUCUGAACUUCGUUGGCCCGGUCGCUAUCCCAAACUUUCCGCGCACUUCAAGUACCAUACCCGACCCGGAUUUACUCCUCCCUCGACGCUAGUCUCGAUGCAGGAAGUCUUGUAUCCACAACUACAAGACCUCCUACGGACCACCUUCAACUCCAAUGUCGUUGCCGAGGACAAUGACUGGUACAGUGUUGGUGUAGGUCGUCUGGAUGGCAAAAGAGGAGGCGAGCACUCCCCGAUCUUCUACCGCCGAUCUGCCUGGACUCUCAUCCACUCCAAUACCAUCUGGCUCAACGAAACUGGGGCCGUCGGUAAGAAAGGUUGGGACGCUAGUAGUGUCCGGAUCUUGACCAUUGCUGUCCUUGAGUCCAAUCUACCAGCCAGCAAGGGCAGGACCAUCCUGGCACUGAACACCCAUCUCGAUGAUUUUUCAGCAGUCGCCCGCCGGGAAGGGGCACAAAUCAUCCUCAAUGCUACCUCGACCCUGAAGAAGCAAUUCCCAGCCAUCAGUUUCGUUUACCUGAGUGGAGACCUCAAUUCCCCUCCUCAUGAUGGAGCAUACAAGCUGCUCAACCAAUGUGGAUCCGGGUUCAUCGACGCCCGACGCUUGAUCAAGGAAGAGGACGUCUAUGGUGAUGAAUUGACCUUCACGGAAUUCCCUUUCGAUGAAACAGCCAAGGGGUUGCGAAGGAUCGACUAUGUUCAUCUGGGCAUCAAAGACGAUGGGGACGAGGCUGACGUCGAGGCGGAGAGACAAAAAGUACGGAGUUGUGUCAAAGGGUACGGAGUACUUCCGAAUCGUUUCGAUGAUCGUGUAUGGAUGACCGACCAUCGCGCAGUGGUGGUGGAUCUCGUAAUCUGA